UCCUCGCUGUCCACAAAGCGCCCGGCUGGAAAGGUGGCUGCAGCCCGGUGCGGCGGAGGCUGCCAGCUGCUCCUCAGCUCCCCCGCGUCCCUGCGCUCCCGGAAGCCGGAUCGCCGCCCCGCGAGUUCUGUCAGUGAGAGCAACGCGAGAGACCCGCUUCUCGCCGCUCGCGGAGAGCCCAGAGCAGCCCGGCCUGCGUGCGGCGGCGACUCCCCCGGGGACCGGACCGGGCAGCGGAGGAAGGGGUCAUGGCUGAAGCGACCGCCGCUCCGACCUCUGACUGGGACUCGGAAUGCCUUACAUCCCUGCAGCCCCUUCCUCUGCCUCCACCUCCAGCAGCAAACGAGGCACACCUGCAGACCGCAGCCAUCUCCCUGUGGACAGUGGUGGCUGCUGUGCAGUCCUUAGAGAGGAAGGUGGAAGUCCACGGCCGGCGACUCCUCCACCUAGAAGGCAGGACAGGGACAGCAGAGAAGAAACUAGCCAGCUGCGAAAAGACAGCGACUGAGCUUGGGAACCAGCUGGAGGGCAAGUGGGCCGUGCUGGGGACCCUGCUGCAGGAGUACGGGCUGCUGCAGCAGCGGCUGGAGAACCUGGAGAAUCUGCUCCGCAACAGGAACUUCUGGAUCCUGCGGCUGCCUCCAGGUAUUAAAGGAGAUAUCCCAAAGGUGCCCGUUGCAUUUGAUGAUGUCUCCAUCUACUUUUCCACUCCAGAGUGGGAAAAAUUAGAAGAAUGGCAAAAGGAACUUUACAAGAACAUCAUGAAGGGCAACUACGAGUCUCUCGUCUCCAUGGAUUAUGCCAUGAGUCAACCUGAUGUCUUAUCUCAGAUUCAACCAGAAGGAGAACACAGUGCAGAUGACCAACCAAGACCAGAGGCAAGUGAGAUCCCUGCAGAUGCCAGUGAAGUAGAGCCUGGCCUGUCAACCUCAGAUAUUCUGUCUUGGAUCAAACAAGAGGAAGAGCCUCCGGUUGGAGUCCCCCAGGAGUCCAAAGAGAGUGACCUGUACAAGGGCUCCUAUCCUGACGAAGAACUUGUCAUCAAAGCUGAAGACCUGGCUAGAGCCUCCUUGUGUCCUGAAGUUCCAGCCGCCUUCUCUGCGCCCCCACCACAGGCAGCCAAGGAUACGUUUGCAGACGUAGCCUUCAAGAGCCCGCAGUGUGCGCCCGGGACACCGUUCGGACGGACAGCGCCUGAGCUGCCCGAAGCCUCAGAGGGGCAGGUGACUUUCACUCAGCUGGGAAGCUACCCGCUGCCGCCUCCAAUGGGAGAGCAGAUGUUCUCCUGCCACCACUGUGGCAAGAGCCUCAGCCAAGACACGCUGAUGACUCAUCAGUGUAGCCACGCUGCCGAGCCCCCCUUAACCUGCGCCCAGUGCCCCAAGCUCUUCGCCCCACAGGUGGAUCUCGGCAGCACCUCCCAGGACCACGCGAGUGACACGCCACCCACCUGUCCUCACUGCGCCCGGACCUUCACCCACCCGUCAAGACUCACAUACCACCUUCGGGUCCACAACAGCACGGAACGCCCUUUCCCCUGUCCCGAUUGCCCCAAGCGCUUCGCCGACCAGGCUCGACUCACCGGCCAUCGGCGAGCCCAUGCCAGCGAGAGGCCCUUCCGCUGCCCGCAGUGCGGGCGUAGCUUCAGCCUGAAGAUCAGCCUCCUGCUGCACCAGAGGGGGCAUGCACAGGAGCGCCCCUUCUCCUGUCCUCAGUGUGGCAUCGACUUCAAUGGCCACUCGGCGCUGAUUCGCCACCAGAUGAUCCACACAGGCGAGCGCCCCUACCCGUGCACGGACUGUAGCAAGAGCUUCAUGCGGAAGGAACACUUGUUAAACCACCGGAGGCUGCACACGGGGGAACGGCCUUUCCAGUGUCCGCACUGCGGCAAGAGUUUCAUCCGCAAGCACCACCUCAUAAAGCACCAGCGCAUCCACACGGGCGAGCGGCCCUACCCCUGCGCACUGUGUGGAAGGAGCUUCCGCUACAAGCAGACGCUCAAGGACCACCUGCGGACCGGUCACAGUGGGGGCUGCGCCGGGGAUAGGGACCCUUCCACACAGCCACCGGACCCACCCGGUCCACUCUUGACUGCCCUGGAAACCUCUGGCCUAGGUGUUAGCACCGAAGGUCUAGAAUCUAGUCAGUGGUAUGGGGAAGGGAAUGGAGGGGUGGUUUUGUAGACCAUUGGUUAUUUGUGUUCACAGCAGAGCAGAAGGUCAAGGAGAAAAACCUACAAGCUCCGCGACCCACAGUAAUUAUUACCUGGUACAUAAAGGAAUUCGGGAGUCUGCACUCUAUACUAGAGACAUGCUUGUGCUUUGGAAGUCCACAAGAAUACCGUAUUUUGGAAACUGGAAGAGAAUCCAGCACCCGCGUCUUUUCAGAUACCACAAGAGCAGGGUUUGGGAAUUGAGGUUCGGCUUCUGUCUGGAUAGCAGAGUGAGAGUUGCCUCUAGGUAGACACAGAUGCAUGGAGAGAGUCCCCGAACCUUAAAGCCAUCUGGGCGGGAGAAUGCUCCGAGCCUUUCUGUAAUUCCUCGGUGGUGAGAUGGCCGUUGGGGGAAUGUGCGUUAGCUGCUUGCUAUGUUGCCGUGUCUCCGAAACCAGCUAAGUUCUGUUCACACCUGCGUAGUCACCUUUCCCUUAAACGUGAUGAUUGAGGCUGCCUGCCUAGGCCGAGAUUCUGACUGCUAACACAUUUUGUUUAAUGUUGGUGAACAAGAAAUCUGACUUUGAUAGCUUAUUUAAGGGGACAGUUCUUAGUUUUUUCUAGCUUGGUUUGAAACAUUCAGACUCUUGUAGCAGCUUUUAAAAGGAUAGAGAACUUUACCACAGUCCUAGUUAGAAAAUUAGGAGAAGAGUUUUUCUCUCCAGGUUUAGGGGCUAAAGAUCCCAGAGACAACAACGAUAUCUAUCGUGGCCUAAAAGUCUGCCUGAGUCAUGAA